CAGUGACCAAUGCUGCAGACAGAAUCAAAUAUUUGCUCCAGUGAUCUAAAAUGGAAGAUAUAAGGAUCAUCGUGGUUAUGACCUUCUGUUGUUUGAUUACUUUAGAUCCUGUGAUUUUGGAAAUGACCAGUUCGAAUUUCACCGAGGAAAAUAACAAUGUUACAAUCAAAGUAUCGCAUAAUGAAGCACAUAACACAAAAGCUCAAACUGUGCAGAGUUCAACACCCAUCAGUUUGACUACAGUUCAAACUAAAGAUGCCUCAUUGAUUGCAGGAACGCAAGAAAACUUGUCGAAAGCAACUAAAAUAUAUACAAAAGCGACGAAAAUGUCAUCAACAAAACCCUUAAAUGUUAAUCAAUCCCCUUCAGUUUCUGCAUCUCCAUUAACAUCUUCUGCGAACACAAACAAUGCCAUUCAAGAUAAAAAUUCUACAUAUUCGUCGACUUUAUCGACAUCAACUGUACCUUCAACUCCCACUAUGCAAACAAUAAAAUUGACAUCUGCAACGACUGAAUCGACACAACCAUAUUCUACUUUCAACACGACAGAAUUUAUAAAUUCUAGCCCAAUAUCAGGGAGAGAAAUGCAGUCUACUGAAAAAACACAACUACUUACUGAAGUUAUUACUCCACCACCGACCGCUACAGUACAACCUCGCAAAUCAACAUCCAAACAGCCUACUCGAACAACUGAAACAACAAUAUUUAGCGUAUCUCUCACAACAGGGGGAAUUUUCCAAACAAUUAACAAAAAAGCAUUUCACUCAUCGUCCCAAUCAGAAACUACUUUAAGUAAAAUCAAGAAUCAAACACUCACUACAUCGAACAAGACAAACGUGCAUGCAACAAAUUCACAAAUAAGUUCAUCUACAGGGACUAGCGGAGAAACACAACCAAUGUUAACGGAAAAUCUAACGGACAACCAUUAUAUUGUAACAACAUCGACAGUUUCAUCAUCAAAAAAGGAAGGUAAUGCCACAACACCAGCAAGCUUGACAACAAUAACGACUUCGCCAACACGGUCAAAUUUACAUUCUACCACAGCAACAAAGAAUGCAUCCGGUCUUAAAAACAUAACAGAUGAUACAACAACCCGAGAAUCUACUAAAGCAAUUCUGUCAUCUCAAACUACUCCAACCUCCAAACACUAUAUUUCGUCCAUUACAUCAUCGUCAAAUAUAACAACGCCCAGUGGAACAGGUCAAACAUCGACAAAAACACCAACAACGAUACAAACCACUGCAACAGGAUUGUCAAAGACAAUAACAGGAUCUCUUCAACAUGCGACAACAAAGGAAACAGAAAAUGUACCGUUAAUAACUAUACCAUCGACGCUGUCAGGUUCAUCUUCUAGUACAUCAAACACAACACUUACCAGUCAAUUAAAUGUCAUUUCUACAAAUGCACCUCCUGUUUCAACAGUAGGUACAGAAACUACUGACCUUUCAAAUCAAACAACCAUAUUCGGUAAGUCAACACUUUACACAACACACAGCGAUACAGGGAAAUCAAAUCUAACAACUCAAGAGUCAGGGCAAACAUCAGUAUCAGUUGAUACAACCAAAGUUCCAACAACAAGCAAAUUACAAUCAACAAGUAUAGAGCCGCCACAAUCAUCAACAACAACAUCAUUAUCAUUGGACAUUAGCACGCUUCAAUCUGCAAGUGGAACUGAAAAACAACAGUCAUCACAACAAACAACAUCUAAGACAACUAUAAAAAUUAAGUCUUCGAAUGAAAUAACAAUUCCACCUCCAUCAACAACAUCAAUUGAAAAUGGUCUAAACAAUUCUUCAAAUGGAAUUACAACGUAUGAGCCAUCCCCAACCAUUACAUCCAUGGAAAGAAGUAAUCUUACUUCUACAAAUGAUAUUCCAACGCAGCCUCCGUUAACAACAAUAUCCACGGAAACAAGAAAUCUUACCUCUGCAAGUGACAUUACAACACAGGCUCUGUUAUUAACAACAUCCGUGGAUACAAAUAUUCUUAACUCUACAACACAGCCUCCGUUACAGUUACAAACAACACCCGUGGAUAAUCUUAAUUCUACAAGCGAAAUAACAAUGCAGUCAUCACCAACAAAAACAUCCGUGGAAACACGAAAUCUUAACUUUACAAGUGGAAUUACAACACAGUCAUCACCACAAACAACAUCCCCGGAAAUAAAAAAUCUUAACUCUACAAGUGGAAUUACAACGCAGUCGCCAUCAUCAAAAACAUCCGUGGAAAAAUAUAAUCUUAACUCUGCAAGUGGAAUUACAACACAUUCACCACCGCCAACAACAUCAGUGAUAACAACUUAUCAUACCUCAGUAAGCGGAAUUACAAAGCAGUCACUACCACCAACAACAUCCGUGGAAACAAGUACAUUUAAACCUGAAAAUCUAAGUACAGAACAACCAUCAUCAUCAACAAUAACAUCCAUGAAAACCAGUCAUCAGAAGUCUACAUAUGGAAUUACAACUCUGCCACCAUUAUCAACUUCCCAACCAUCAUCAACAGAAACAACUUUAUUUACAACAAUUACCCAACUACUUAAAACUGUUACUAAAAAGCGAACGCUUACACCAACUGUGAAAUCAACUACCCAUCCAUCUACAACACAACUGCUAUCAACAGAAUCGUCAUAUAUCAAAACGAGUAAAGUUAGUUCCACAAAUGAAUUAACAACGCAACCACCAACAAUAUCCAUGAAAACCAAUAAAUAUAAUUCAACAAAUGUUACUACUAAGCAAUCGCCAUCAUCAGCAUCAACUGUGAUAACAACAAGUAAUACAAAAGCUGUAAAACUUUCAACUACAACAACAGUCGGACCGUGUAGAAACCCGUUUUCUGUAAUACAAGGAGGUUGUAGAAAACCAUGUGACGAGGACGAUGUAUCUUGUGGAAGUAGCGGGAAAUGUUACAUAGAUGAUGAUAAACUAACCAUCUGUGUAUGUAAUACAGAUGACGGAUUGUUUCAACAUUCUGGAGACAAAUGUGACGUCAGGGAGAUGAAAUCAAAAUACGUAAUCACAAUAGCUGCUGGCGGUGCUGGGGGAAUAAUCCUGAUUGUGCUAUUUAUAGUUUGUGGAUGUUGGUGUUGGCGACGCACACGCGAUAGAAGUUACGCUAGUGAAUGGGAUUCGCUUCACGACUACCGUGUCUCAGGGAGGAAUGUUCAAUACAUCGAUGGCUACAAAACAGAUGGAACGUUCGGAAAAGGGAAAGACAACCCGGCUUACGACAAAUAUUACAGAGAAGGUGAUUUCACGGAAAACGACAAAAAGGAUAUCGUAAUUUCUCCUGAAAACAUUGUUAAUCGAGAUGAAAUGUCAAGGAAGGACUCAUACACUCAUGAAAAUUCAAGUUUUCUUUAUAGUGACGUAUGGAAACCAAGAAGUUUACGUUUAAAGCCAGACACCAGUUGAAAGGAAUCCUUCUUGACAACAGAAACGACGAACAAAUACUCAUAACUUAACAAUUGUCCAUUACGAAAAAUAUAGAGUGUCCAAGCAUAAAACUGCAUGUUCAUUACAUACAAUUUUGACUGCAUAUCGGGAAAAAAACGAUACCCGCUACGCGUGGGAAAGGGGAUAAGUUAUAAAAUAGUAUGCGUGGUGUACUUUGCCUGAAAUAUAUUAUAAUCUCCAUCUUU